AUGGGUGAUCGAUCACGAAGCAGGUCUCCUUGCGCAAGAGAUAGUGGCGACCGAGACCGCCCUAGAAAUAAUAGAGGAGGCUUUCGGUGGAAAGACAAAAGUCGCACCGACGAUUCCCGCGGCGAUGAUCGCAGAUUAGAACGAGGAUACCGAGACCGACCACGAUCCCCCCGACGUGACCGAGAGGGUGACCGCUACGGAGAAAAAUCCAGAGAAAACCCCAGAGACAACCCCAGAGACAACCCCAGAGAAAAGCCGCGUGAUGAUCGCGAUGCGCCGCGCGAAGACCGGGAAAAGAAAGUAAAGAAGGAAAAGAAAGAGAAGAAGCCGGUCGCUCCGCAAUCCUCAGAACCUAUGAUUGUGGUCCAUGUCAAUGAUCGUCUGGGUACUAAGGCUGCGAUUCCUUGCCUCGCUUCGGACCCAAUCAAAUUGUUUAAGGCGCAAGUGGCUGCUCGCAUUGGUCGUGAACCUCACGAGAUUCUCCUCAAGCGUCAGGGUGAACGACCAUUCAAGGACCAACUUACACUGGAGGACUACGGCGUGAGCAACGGAGUUCAGCUUGAUCUGGAGGUCGGAACAGGCGAAUGA